UGGAUAUAUAUACCUUUGAAUGUUCGCUCUAUUCCAUCCACCAUUGUCUUUGUGCGAUUUAUUGCCCUCAACCUUCGUUGGCAUAUUUUGAUUGAUGACAUUGCUUGGUUUGGUUUGGGCAACUAUAAAACGUUUCCCAAGCUCGCUACUCUUUUUUAGUUCACAAUCCAAGUCCCCGGCAGCGAGGGUAUGUCGUAUGUCCUUGUAGUGUGUGAGUCCAUCAAUUCCACGACAGUUACUAACAUCAUUUCCCCCCCAGUCAACCAAGUGAAUUAUCUCUACACUCAAAUCUCUCGACCUCCUUCAUUCUUUCACCAUGAUAUGUUGACCAAUAUUUGGUAUUUCAUAGGCUAUUUCUGCCUCUUUUAAAGAGGUUUACUUGCUUUUUAUUGCGACGCGUUCUCUAUCGCUUUUUGGCGGAAGACCCUUCGACAACAAAGUGUGCGACAUAACCGUAUCUGCUUCUUUGGUAUUAUUACUUCAGAAGUCGACAAUCGUGCCCAAUAACUUCACAUUCCCCCACUCAAAAUCCCGAACAUCUCCACAGUAUCGUCAAAAUGGACCAGUGGCAGAAUUAUUCUGAAUCAUCAGGUUCAAGAAGGUACAACGGAAACCCCCCACCAGCCCAUCUCCAAAUGGCUAGAGAUUAUAAUGGGAACCCCCAAACCCAACCUCCAACAGGUUUUACAUACGAUCAAUUUCCAGGAGCUUUAGGAUCACAUCCUCAAUCUCUGGCAAGUUCUCCUGCUACCCCUCAAAUGACAGAUGGGAACGGAGAUGUGGCCAUGCAAGACUCUGGAGAUCAAUACAACAUGAAGUAUCCCAUGCGCCCUCAUCAUCAACAACACCUUUCGGGAAGUCAGAGGUUAUCUCAUCAAUCGCCGCAAGAGCCAUCUGCGGCCGCUCAGCGUUAUUCUCCCAUGGAGACUUUAUCGCCAACCUCGCCAUACGGCGCGGCACAACAGCAAAACUCGAAUCAAUACAUGUCACCACCCGGGGCUGGCAGCAGAAAAUCUCCUUCGAAGAACGCAUCGUAUUCUUCCCCGAAUUCGUAUUAUCCUAAUCGUCAACAAUUACCACCUAUUCAGCCAUAUGCUCCUAAUUCUAACAAUGAAUCAUACCCAACCUCUGCGACCCAACAACUGAAUGCUAUGUUUGGUAAUGACGCAAAGUCUCCUCGACGUCCAGUACCCCAACUGGCGCAAGGUCCGCCUGGAAGAGGACCAGUUCCUGAAUUUACAAAAAUUCGUUCUACAUCUGACCUGCAACCAAAGGUUAAUGCGCAGCCGGCUUUUCGCAGAGCUAAUCCCGAGGGCGGGUUCAUAAGUGUAAGCUUCCUCAUUAUGCGCAACAUGAUUGCAAUUCGUGUUAAUUAUUUUGGUUUCAGCCUCUCCAAGCUCUAACAAGCCAUCUCCCCUCUACAUAUCGGAUAUGCAACCCUAGCUUCAAAUACGAAUCAUCGCGGAAUCCACGUAGAGUGCUCACCAAACCAAGCAAAGGUGUCAAGAAUGACGGGUUCGAUAACGAAGAUAGUGAUUAUAUACUUUAUGUGAAUGAUAUUCUGGGGUCUGAGGAAACUACUCAUAAGUAUGUUUUGUGGUUGAUAGUAACUCUAUUUUUGAGAAUUCUCCUGCUAACAUGUUGUGCAGAAACCGCUAUCUCAUCCUAGAUGUUCUAGGCCAAGGUACCUUUGGCCAAGUUGUCAAAUGUCAAAAUCUGAAAACCCAGGAAGUUGUGGCUGUAAAGGUUGUUAAAAACAGGACUGCAUACUUUAAUCAAAGUAUGAUGGAGGUUUCUGUUCUAGACCUGGUAAGCCCUUCCAGGAAAAUGAUAAUUCCAUUCGCUGAUUUCCAUCCUUUUACUACAGCUCAACACGAAGCUCGAUAAAAACGACGAUCAUCACCUACUGCGGCUGAAAGAUACAUUCAUCCAUCGCCAACAUCUCUGCCUGGUUUUCGAAUUGCUAAGUGUAAACUUGUAUGAACUGAUCAAGCAGAACCAAUUCAGAGGUUUGAGUACCACACUUGUGCGGGUCUUUGCGCAACAACUUUUGAAUGGGCUGAGCUUGCUGAAUAAAGCUCGACUCAUUCAUUGCGACUUGAAGCCGGAAAACAUUCUGCUCAAGAACCUUGAGAGCCCUAUCAUCAAAAUUAUUGAUUUUGGAUCAGCCUGCGACGAACGUCAAACAGUCUAUACAUACAUCCAAUCGAGAUUUUACAGAUCCCCUGAGGUAUUACUUGGUCUACCAUAUUCAUCAGCUAUCGAUAUGUGGUCAUUGGGCUGUAUUGUUGUUGAGUUGUUCUUGGGUCUUCCACUAUUCCCAGGAUCUUCGGAGUACAACCAAGUCUCUAGAAUAGUUGAGAUGCUGGGUAACCCACCAAAUUGGAUGCUUGAGAUGGGGAAACAAUCAGGAGAUUUCUUCGAGAAGAGGCAUGAUGUGGAUGAUUAUGGCAGAAGAACAUAUCAUCUCAAAUCCAUGGAGCAAUAUUCCCGCGAACAUGGAACAAAGGAGCAACCAAGUAAAAAGUACUUCCAAGCUACCACUCUUCCGGAAAUCAUUCGUUCAUACGCGAUGCCGCGAAAGAACAUGAAACCAAACGAAGUCGAGCGAGGUAAGAUGAUCUCCCUGCCUGCUAGUGAUUUCAGCUAACGCUAUAUCCAGAAAUGAGCAACCGGGUUGCUUUCAUUGAUUUUGUCCGGGGUUUGCUUAAUAUCAACCCUCUAGAGCGCUGGUCCCCACAACAGGCUAAGUUACAUCCAUUCAUCACUCAGCAGAAGUUCACGGGUCCGUUCGUUCCACCAACGAAUUUGAAGUCGAGUGCCAUCAAUAGAUCUCCGGCCCCAGGAACUACACAACAGCAACAGGCCGAAGCAUUAAGCAAUCAACGAGCACAGGCCGCGCAAGCUCAAGCUCAUUCACAGGCUCAGUCUGCAGCUCAUGCGUCAUACAAUUCGAGUGUGCCGGUCAACUCUUAUGGCCAAGUACCACAAAACCAGCAGCACCCACCAAUGUACAAUAACAACAUGUACACUCCGAACUCCAACCACCAGGCUCCUCACCAAGCCUCGCAUCAGACAGCACCACCUCCAUACCCCACGCAGCAAGGUUAUAACCAAAUGGGAAUGAUAGGCCAACCAUCAGCACAGAUGCCACCGGCGCAAUAUGGAGCUGGCCCGUCACAGCAACAACCAAGUCUCUAUCAGCAGGCUACGGUAAGAUCUGGAAGGCAACGUGCUUCGACAAUGGAAGUUCAGCAGGGAGGUAUACCCGUCACGAUACAAAGAGUUGCUAGUCAUCUUGAUCCUAGUCAACCUAUUCGUUUACAACCUAGUCCUGCAUACUAUCCACCUCCACCAGAUGGAGUUCCUGACGGCAAUCCUGGAAGCGCACGGAGAAGAGGAAGCAGAGCUGCUCAAGGUGGACAAGCACCCACCCGAAAUCGAGACUUCAUUCGAAAUCUGGAAGAUCGAACAUUGGAGGAGGGUUUCAUGGGACAGAGCCAAUAUCACUGAGCUUUACGACUCUAAAGUAGUGAGAUGAGCAGAAGGAUCGACGGCCAGCGACAACGAAUCACGCUAAACUUAUAAUCUAGCAACGGCAACUGCAGCUUGGAAGCUAGUGUUCAUAUUAUUCUUCGCGCAUUAUAUGAUGGGCGUGUGUUGUCAUAGGGAUCGGGAAAAUUUGAGUCAUGAUACCCAAAGCCAGGGCUUUCCUACGAAUAUCAAUGUGGGCUGGGAGCGUUGGGAUUCUACGAAGUGAUGAGUUCUGCAACGAGAUGAGAAAGGAAUAAUGGAAGGAAAACAGGAGAUUGCAUAAAAUGAAUUGGCGAAGUUGUUAUUAGACAUCGUCGGAGAAAUGAAGUGAAGUGGAUAUGCAGGGUCUUUUGCUAGUAUCAGGGAUGCACAUCAAAAUUCGAUUCAUGUAAGCUAUCAGUCAUUGCAUGAAUGGACGGAUGGAUGGAUGGGUUGAUUGAAUGAAAUGGGUUAAAGAUGAAAGCGAGCUAGUUGACAAUGCAGAGAAUAUAAAACAGCGCAGAAACACCGAAUUUUCUCAGUUGGUUGGUUCUU